GCAAACCCAAAGUGGACUCUUUAGCGCCCUCCUUCGCAGUUCGGCCGCCGACGGAACUGCGCCGCUAUAUUAGAGCCGAGCGCUGACUGACUGACUGCAGUUGGACAGACAAUAACUCUGCGUGUCACACAGACUGAAAAUAUCUCGAAAUGGACCACCAGGACCUGAUGAACUCCUCUGGGGAGAAUGUGGCGUCUGCCUUGGCCAGCAUGACUGUCAAUGAUGGCCCACAGGAAGGUAUGAAGAACGGGAUGGCAGUGCAUGUGGGGCCAGGGGACAGCAAGGGCAAAGAGGAGACAGAAGGGUCAAAACCAGAGGUGAACUCUCAAGAGCCUAUCACAGAGGGUACGGAGCCUAAGACUGUCUCGCCUCAGGAGGAUGUUGUGUCUGGAGCAGGUGAAGACAAGCUAACACCAGGAGAGAUCUCUGCACCACACAGUGGCAGGAGCAGUGCGGCAUUCGUAGAUGGGGAGGAGGAGCUUGUGAAUGGUGACAGGGCCAGGUCUGUUAGCCCACGCCAGUUCCCCAUGUCCCCAUCACCUGUUGCCCAGGCUGAUGGGUUUGGGUCAGUGGUUCCAAGCUUGGAAAGCCAGGUGAAGAGGAGUCCUUCAGGAAAGAUGGACCAAAAGUAUGGUUCCAGCGAUUCUGAAGAUGAGAGGGAGGAAGCCAAGAAGCAUAGUAAGGAUGAGGGCAGAGCCUUUAGAUCUGCCUACGAGGAAGACGUAGAAGUGAGUCCUGGUGUGCUCCAUAGUGGUUAUGAUAUAGAACAUCAGGAAGAGGAGGAGCAUGAAAAAGAAGAGGAGGAAGAGGAAGAAGAAGAAGAAGAAGAAGAAGAGCAAGAAGAAGAAGAGGACAAAGAAAGAGAAGAAGCAGUUCCUCUGGCUCAAAGUUCUUUUGUCUCAGACUUGUUGCUGCAGAAAAAUGAAAGCUUUGAGAGCAAACAUGGAGAAGCUCCAUAUCAACCCCCACUGACUCCAGAGGAAGCAAAGAAGCGAGGGUUGUCUUUUGACUACACCGAACCCCAGCAGCUUGGCCAUCAAGGUGUUUCUGAGGGUUGGGAGAAUGGCUCUGAUAAAACCCCUCCAGAAAGCAAGAGUCCUGACUCCUGCAGGGCUGACCUGGGAUCACCUUUUUCCCCAAGUACUACUCGUCGGGAGUCUCCUCUCACUGACCAACAGAAAGAAGCCCAAAGAGACCAGCUGGAGGAUGAACAAGAAGAAGAGGUCAGCAUUCCCACAGCUCACCCAACGGUAACAGUACCUAAGAUGGAGACAGAAGCCAAGCCAGCUGAUGCCGACAAAGAGAGACCAGAGAAGUACUUGGAUACAACUGACGAAGAUCUCAUUGCUACCGUGGAAGCAGCCCAGAACAUCCAGCCUACUGCAAAACCAGAACCAGCGGCUGUCACUGUUAGUAAGCCCAGUCCCCCAGAACCAGUGAAAGCAGCUCCAACUAAAACAGAACCUGUCAAAGAAGCCCCCGUUAAAAAAGCAAAGAAGCCUGUUGCCACAGUCGCCGCAACCCCUUCCCCCAAGUCCGCUACAAUACCCCAGAAAGCCCCCUCAAAAGAUGCUGCUCCAGUCCGAAAAACAAGCGCCCCAUCAAAAGCUGGAGCGGGAGCAGCAGCAUCUGAUAAAAGCACUAAGGCCGCUGAUGCUAAGACAAAGACUCCAGGUGCUAAACCUCAGGGAGUGGGCACCAAAAUCCCUGCUGCUUCAAGGGCGGAACAACGGAAAACGGGAGCAGGUCCGAUCGAAAGAGCUGAGUCACCAAAGACUCCGGACCGCAGUGGCUGCAGCAGCCCCGCCACACCCAAGUCUCCGGCCAGCCGGUCCAGUACACCUGGGCAGCAGGUAAAGAAGGUGGCAGUGGUGCGCACUCCACCCAAAUCACCCGGCUCCCUCAGGUCCCGCACCCCCAUUGCACCAGUUGCCCCCAUGCCUGACCUGAAGAACGUCAAGUCUAAGAUUGGCUCCACUGAGAACAUCAGGCACCAGCCUGGGGGUGGGAAGGUGCAAAUCCUUGACAAGAAGAUGGAUCUCACCAACGUGCAGGCAAAGUGUGGCUCCAAAGCCAACAUCAGGCACGCUCCAGGAGGUGGCAAUGUGACUAUUCUUAAUAAGAAGCUGGACUUUUCUAGUGUGCAAUCUAGGUGUGGCUCCAGAGGCAAUAUCAAGCAUGUCCCAGGAGGUGGGAAUGUGAGUACGGCUGAGCAUAGCAGCAUAGCAAAGCACAGUAUUGACCAGAGCCUUGGAGGCUACCCUGUCUAGCUUGUUUAUGGUCCAGCAUGAGUCUGUUGUUCUACUUCACUGAGGCAGCUGUCUUUAGGGGAACCUAGUAGUCUUAUUAAGGGGAUGCUGAACAAUUAUAAUCAUUAUUCUUAAUAAAUGAUAGCACACAGCCAUCAGAUGACGAAGAUUGUUCAGUCUCUUGUCAGUUGUCGGCUUUGAUUGACACAAAUGAGUAACAGAUGCAAAGUAUGUUGACAGCUAAUUUGAAAAAAAAAACAGCCACCAGACAGAUUAUUCAUCUGGCAUCUAAGUAAACCAUCAUCAUUUUCUGAUAAAUCACAGAUGCUAUACUGUGAUUCUUUUCUGUUUUAUGUCAGAUAAGAUGAGUUCUCUUAAAAGGAUAUCUCCUCAUGCAACACAUUAGCUUUAUGUGUGAUGUCACUUUCUAAAAGUUCAGAUAUUCAACAAAAAGAAGAAGAAGAAGUGGAAGAACCUGACAAAAAAAAAAACAAAUCCAAUGUAUUUGGGUAUAGGUUUAGCCUAAAGCUCUGGCCACAGCUGUCACUUCAACUCAGAUAGAACCUCAAAUGUUUUGGAGCUCUCAAAGACAGUAAUUCUUCCAGUAACUGUCUUCUGACGCAGACGCCUGGUAGUGAUGUGACUGAUACGAGUACAGCACUAUCUAAGCUGACAUCACCAAAGUGUAGGGAAACAUUUUAAGGUCUCACCAGCCAGGCCUUUGGCACUAACUGGAGUUCAGAACUUCAUUUCACAAAAGCAUCUAGGUACAAAGGUGAUUCUUAAAGGGUAAACCUUCUCUGCCAGUUGAGAUGGUAUUAAUUCUAAGAUGCUUUUGGGAAACUGGGCCUAGUUUGGUAUGAAUCUCAGUAACGUUUUUUGAGGGUAAAUGCUUUUUGUGCUUCUGCUUGAACACAUUUUGUGUCAGAUUGUUAUUGGUUUAACACAUUUAGGGUGGUUUGUACCAACAAGGAUAAAUUAAGCUGAGAACUAAUCAUUUGUCAGUGUAAGUUUUAUUUUAAAUCAAGUUGUCUCAACACUUCAAUUUAAACAUUAACUAACAAUUAUUAUUUGUGAUUAUUUGUGAUUGUGAUUAUUUAUUAUUAUUUCUUCAUUACUGUAUAAUUAAAACUUUACCAUGUAAGCAAAAUACUGAGUCAUAGUUGUUCACACUGAUGGUGAACCAGAUGUACAAAGUGCUUCAUUCCUCUGAAAGUUACCUCAUAGAAAAUUAUUACAUGAAAUGUUUAUGAAUAUGUUACCUUAUGUCUAAGGCAUUGUUUUUCAAUAGUUUUGAGAUAUAUUUUGACUUAAAACAUUUAUUUUAAAAUCCAUUCAUCAUGGACAGGUAUAUGCAGGGUGCUGUAAGGCAUAAUAAUGCAGAUUGUUUAUCAUCAUAUGUAAAGGCUCUGAAGAUACAUACAUAAUUUUGCACAGCAAAUAAAAUGGCUGUAUAAAUGAGAGUCGGCAAGUGUCUCUACUGUUUUUCGUUUCACAUCAGAACACUCUAAAUGACUUUGUUUACAGCUCAUCAGCUGAAAUAUGCAGAAACCUCGAAAAUUCGACCCAACCAACCAAACCAAUCUCAAAGAAUGGCUAUAUAAAACAUAAUUAUUGUACAUGCUGACCAAGAGAGUACUUGUAAAGUCUGAGAACAGUAGUGUAGGGGCUUAAGCCCUCCUGAGACUGUCUGUGCACAUGCCUAGUGUGCCAUGGUGGAUGGAGAGAUAUAAAGAUUAAACUGGAUAAAAAGAAAACACCCUUGCACCAACAAUUCAUUUGAAUGUAUACAGUACAUGCCCAAAGGUAUGUGGACAUAUGGGCUUGAACAUCUCUGGGCAUUAAUAAAGAAGUAAGCCAUGGGAGGCUGUGCAUUACUGUGAUUUCAUUCACAUCUUUUUCAAUCCACAUUUUUUCAGAAACUUUUUUGUUAUUAUUAAUAAUAAUUGACAUAAACAAGUAUUCGGCCAAGAAAUGUAGUUCCUUUAGCAUAUUGAAUUGAUGCCAUGCAACCAUAGACUAACUUUUUGUCAUAUAACAAUACAUGUAUCGUAACAUGGCACUGUUUAAAACAAAAACCUUUGCUUUAUAAGUACUUUUUGGUCACCAAAUUACCACCGAGUCUUUAUUUAACGCCAAUCCAAAGGCAUCACUCUUUUGACGCUGUGGCUGAAUCUCAAAUGGCUGACUGCACCCUAGAUAGUACACUACACAGGAAUUUAAAUAUUGGAUCCUGCAUCCCAACAGUAAAUAAUAUAGCUAAAAAAUGGUCAUUUGGGAUUCAGUCACAUUCAUACUCAGUAAAUGAUGCAGUAUUAGGUUGUAGAGGCUAGAAGUUUCCUUAGCUAUUAGCACACUCUUUAGAGAGUACGGAGGUCAGUAAUACGCAGUUAAGUUGUUGUGAGGCCGUCAUAGGUGUGUGUAUAUUGUGCAUUUUACUGCAGCUUUGAACACAGAUCAGCCAGUCAGAUUUGCUUCUAUUCAGCCACAAGAGCAUUAGUGAGGUCAGACACUGAUGUUGUCUGUAAGCACUCCCAAACGUGUUUGAAGUGUUGAGGUCAGGGAUCUGUGAAAGAACAGAUCACCCAAAUGCACCUACAGUAUAGUGCUACUUUGGAAAUGUAAACCACCUUAACUGCAAGUUUAAAGUAAAUAACAAACUGAAUAAUAAACUGAAGUUUUUAAUCUGAGCUUGAAGAAAUGGAGCAAUAGGAUUGUAUUUAACCUUCACUGUAAAACUAAAACUAAGGUUAAAAUUAUGAUGAUAAUAUUACUGAUCAUUUUUAAUUAGGUUUAAAGUUAGUUGCAACUUGACUAAUACAUAAUUCCUGAUUUAAUCCAGGUUAAAGCUUAACUCUUGUUGGUGCGACCCAACUUUUGUGUUUGUUUUUAAACGGCUCUCUGCGUAAAUGAGACCAAGAGAAUUACAAUGCUGACUUUGGGGGCUCUAAAUGUAAAAUGUUUGUGAAUGCUGCAAAAUGUUUCAGAGUUAGGCAGGGUUAGCAUAGCUAGCUCUGGUCCUCAGCAUGCCUGCAUGGGCAUUGCAUCUGUGGAAGGCAAGACAUCGUUUGUGAUGCCGUUGCCAGGACUGAGUUCCAUUCAGUCUGUCUGAAUGUCCAGCCUUGGACCUUCUUACUGUACUUGUAAACCUGAUCAAUGACCCUGGUAUUGGCUCAUACCUGUGCGAAACCUGGACCACCACUCCAUGCCCAGACUCAUUAUGCCACCGAGAUGCUAUGGGGAAUGCAUGAGAGCUGGUUGGUUCAGCAGAGCACUGUAUGUUUGUCCUUUCCUUUUGACUUGUGACAAGACUUUCUGUGGAUGGUAUUAAAAAGAUACUUCAAACAAAAUGGUAAUGUGGCUAACAGUGAAUAAAAAAACAGUGGCAACAAAAUUAUCACAUAUAAGUAAUACUAAAGUUAAUCAGUUGCUUCUGUAGUUUUACACUGGAUCUCUGAGGCUAAUGUAGCUAACGAGUAAUAAACAGGCAAAACGAUUAAGACUUCAAGGCGGCUACUGCUGCUGUUUUUAGCUGUGGCAUGUACUUUUUACACAAUUUAUAGAUAACAAUAUAUGAUAUGGUGUCGUAAAUCACAUAAGCAAGUCUUUUUGAAAUUACUGAACAAGCGGAUUGGUGUGCUCUAAAGUUCAUCAGUCUCUUAGUGCUAGCACAAAACUAAAAAAGCUAAUUCUGCACACCAAACACGUCUUAGCUAAUGGAAUAAGGGCAAAAUUUUGGAAAUUUGAUUUUUUUGACAACCUAUUUUUAACUGCCCACUGCUGAAUUAUUCAUUUGUUAACAUCAUUGGCAUUUUUAUAUGAAGCAUUUCUUGAAGCUGAUUUGAGAAGUUGCCCUUUCCUACUGAUAUGGGUCUGGUUUUGCUUUUUCUGUCGCAUCUUGAGUAAAGGACGCAAAAGCAAGAGUUCAAAAGCCAAUUUAUUAUUUAGAUUUUAAUUUAGAAUAAAAUUUUUAAUGUUACAGCUCUUCGGGCCUCUUCAGAACCUGUAUGUUUUCUUUUGCAGUGGUUAAAGGUAACAUGCUUCUGUGGAAAAUUUACAAGAGAAGUUAAACAACAUUCUUAACAUUGGAUUUUUGAAUUGAGUUAAUCGACCUACAUUUUCUUCUUUUCUACUGGUCCAUUCAUUAUGAGAUUUUAGCAUGUGAUAAAGGGCACCAGGCUUUUUCACAUUCUGUAAAAACUACCAAACAAAUAAAAAUGAAGAUACGAUUCUGUUCAGACAGCGUUGAUAUGUUGUACAUUUAACAAGUGAGGUAUUUCACUCUUCAGAUGCUGAAAAUGCAAACGAAAAAGAAAAAAAACUGAAAUAUUUGUUGUCAUUAUUGAUAUUGAUGAAUAAUUGUUUGAGGCCUAGUAGUGGGGCUGUAAUUUGUCUGUGAAGAAUAAAGAAUUCACGAUCCCCCUACUUUCCGUGCAUUCUAGUUGGUUUGCCUUAGUGACCUGUGAUAAAAAAAGCAAAGCAUACCAAUCCCAUCAGUCAUUGACCUCUGAUAUGCCUUCCUACAGCAACCCAAGAGAGAACCUGAAGUCCUGUCUGUCUUCAUGUAUUCCUGAUUAGAAUGAUGGUUGUGAGAUCAUGCAGGACUUGCUAAUGAACACUUACCUUAUGAAGGUGUACCUGUUUAAUAGUGAAUUUAUCGAUAUGAAAUAAUUUUUUAUUUGUUUCCUUUGUGAUAUUUGCUAUUGUGUUGCUGUUGCUGGUGUAAGUCCAUUGAAUACUUUACUGUCUCUCUCCCUUUCCAGAGACAAAUGGAAUGAUCCUUUUUCUCCCCUUGAUACAGUGAAUUGGAACGUAUACGAGAUGCUGGUGUUUGAGCGGGUCAUGUAGAUUUCUCUUAUCAUGAGCUGCAACUGGCUGACUCUCUCUUUUACUCCCUCCUCUC